AUUGAUGAUAUACAUUCCAAAAAAAAUUCUACUUAUGAAUCGGCUGAAAGAUAUGUAUUUUAAUUAAAUAACUUGUGUAUCAAUUAAUGUAUAGUUGUAAAUAUGUGUAAUUUAGAAAAAUGAAUAGCUUAGGAUUGAAUUUAAUUUUAAAAAUGGGCUGUCUUUGCUCAAAAGAAACAAUUGCUGUUAACGAUAAGAAAUAUCGUGUUUUAGAACAUCUUGCUGAUGGAGGUUUCAGUUCCGUUUAUUUAGUCGAGGAUUCGAUGACUCGUAAAAAAUAUGCAUUAAAGAAAAUAAUAUGUCAUAGUUCUGAAGAUCAGCAAAUAGCUGCUAAAGAAAUUGAAUAUCACACAAUAUUGAAGCAUGUAAAUAUUAUUGAAUGCAUUGAUUCAACGUCCAAGGGAGCUGCCGAUCCCGUUAUUAAUGCAACAAGUCAAGUUCUACUUGUUUUGCCGUAUUAUCAUAAAGGAACGCUAGCUUAUGAACUAGAAAAAAGAGCAAAGACAAAUAAUUAUUUCAGCCCAUUAGAUGUAUUACUUAUUUUUCAACAAAUAUGUGAAGGUGUAAAAGUAUUUCAUGAUAUCAAACCAGAACCUCUUGCCCAUCGAGAUUUAAAGACUGCUAAUAUUUUACUCGAUGAUGCAUUAAAUCCUAUUAUUAUGGACUUAGGAUCAGUUGCCCAAGCCAGAGUUAAAGUGUGUGGUACUCAAGAGGCUCAAACUUUACAAGAUAUCGCUGCCGAACGAUGUUCAAUGCCAUACCGAGCGCCAGAAUUAUUCAAUGUUGAGAGUUAUUGUAUGAUUGAUGAGCGUACGGAUAUUUGGUCACUUGGAUGUAUUCUGUAUGCUUUAUGUUACUUCAAGAGCCCAUUUGAAGCAGUUUAUGAAAAAGGAGACAGUGUCGCUCUCGCUGUGAUAAGCUGUAAUAUAACUUUUCCGGAAAAUGCACCGUAUAAUGAGGAUAUUCAAAAUUUAAUUCAAUCAAUGUUAAAAACAAAUCCAAUGGAGAGACCAUACAUUUAUAGUGUGUUAGAAAAUGUUCACGACGUUAUCACUAAGAUAGAGGGACGUAUUUGAAAUAAAAAAAUAAUAAUUAUUGUUAAUAAGUAUUUUUUAUCAAGAAAUAUUGCAUUUUUAAUUAUUAAUAAUAUUAAUUAAUAUUUCUUAAUUGAAUUGUAAGUUAAUGUAUUUUUAAUUUUUGAUUUCUAUUGCAAUACAGUUACAUUUUUAAUUAAUUAAAAAUAAAAAUAAACUUAACAAUACGUAUUUAA